UCUCGUUCACGAAAUCACGACUCGAGUCUUUGACAGCCAGCCGCUGCCCGCUACGGCUUACGAGCUGUUAUUUUAUCUAUUUCUCAAUAAACAUCUCGGAACUGUCGUGAUCGAGUCACGUCGUUUCGCUCGAAUCGUGUGUUUUCAAUUUACAGCAGGCAACGGGAAACCUCGCACGUCCCCGACAUGACGUACUGAGAUCAACGACACUUCCAUUAUAAUAUCAUAUGUACGUCAAGUAUUGAUUUGCGGUUUAAAUGCAGUGAUUGUUACACGGUCCGCGAAACAAUGAAAAUCAACAUCAAGAUACUUAACGGACAGGAAUGUUCAUUCGACGUUCAGAGUGAAAUGACAAUAGCAGAGCUAAAAAAUCAUGUAUUUGAAGCACUUAAGGUUCCUGUUAAAGAUCAAAGAUUAUUGCUUACCGGUCGUCCUUUAUGUGAUGAAAAAACCUUAGUUGAUUAUCCACAAAUAAAGGAUGGUACCAGAUUGAACUUAAUUGUUAAACAGCAAAUUAUUAAACCCGAUGAAUUAGAAGAAAUGAUCACAAAGCAUGUACGAGAACAUUAUAGCACAGAAGAUACAGUCAAGGUAUUAAAAGAAUUUAUGAAGGAAUUUGAUCGUUCUCUUACUCAGUUCAGCUUAGAUGACUAUGAGCGUAUGGCAGAAUCAUUGUUGACCAACAAUGAACAACAGAAGAGUCAAUAAUAACUGUCAAAGGAUAUGUAAAAAAAAAAAAAAAAAAAUGAGGAAACAUAAAUAAAUUAAGUAAUAAACCUAUUUUUAUCCACA